GAAAAUUAAAACUUGCAAGAACAAAAUUCAGUCUUCAGAACCUUCUUUGUUCACCAACUGGAAGGAAGUAUUUCAUCUAGGCUUCUCAAAUACAGGGCAUUAAAAUGACUAGGUUUUCUUUGUCUCUGUUUUUCUUAGUAGCUGGGGCUCACCUGAUUCCAGAGUAUUUCAGUAUGGAAAUUAUUGGAGGACAGGAAGUACCACCUCAUUCCAGGCCCUUUAUGGCCUCCAUCCAGUACAACGGCUACCAUACUUGUGGAGGAGUUCUGAUCCAUCCACAAUGGGUGCUGACAGCAGCCCACUGCCACUCUCGGUUGGUCAAAGGCCAAUUUCCCACAGUGGUUUUAGGAGCACAUUCUCUGUCAAAGAAUGAGCCCUCCAAACAAACAUUUGAGAUUAAAAAAUUCAUACCAUUUUCAAGACUUAGAUCAAAUUCUAAAUCAAAUGACAUCAUGCUAGUAAAGCUUCACAGGGCCGCAAACCUCAACAAGCAUGUCCAGUUGCUCCACCCAAGAUCCACAAACUAUAUUAGAUCUGGCACCAAAUGCCAGGUUACUGGUUGGGGAACCACUGACUCAAAAGUUUUCAGCAUCUCUGAUACCCUUCAGGAAGUCACUGUUACCAUCAUAGAUCGAAAACUUUGUAACAGCCAAAAUUAUUACAACCACAAUCCUAUUAUAACCAAAGACAUGAUAUGCGCAGGAGACACCAAAGGCAAUAAGGAUUCCUGCCAGGGUGACUCAGGUGGCCCCUUGGUCUGCAAAGGUAUCUUCCAUGCCAUUGCCUCUGGAGGUCACAAAUGUGGCAUUGCCAAUAAGCCUGGAAUCUACACUCUGUUAACUAAGAAAUAUCAGGCUUGGAUCAAAAACAACCUUGCCCCACCUCGAUUGAGACUGUAAAUAAUUUUCUUGGAUCUUCCAGUUACUUGCUCUGUUUUGUCAUGUGCUCACAGAUCAACAUUAUCUUCAGAUGUAUGUGGAUACAGGUACAAAAGAGCUAAGUUGGGGUACAUUUCUGUACCUGGAAGACUUAUUCUGUUAAGGAAUGAAGCUCUUUUUCAUGCACAUCACUAAUGUAUUUUUACCAUGCUGAUUUCAUCCUAAAUAAAAUUUAGAAGAUUCUUCA